AUCACCAAAAACCGCCCUUUAAAAUUCUGCAGCAAUAUCUCCUCUUCAUCAUUUCAUCAUAAAUCAUCAUGCGUCCAUGGAAAAGGUGAAACAUAAGCUUGAUAUUUAGUGUGAAAGGGCAGAGGCUGCACAAAGGGGAUCAUUGUUGCCUGCAGAUGCCCGUCAGUGGUGCAGUCGCCCUUUGAAGGUUCUCCAAUCGCAGCGCAUAGCGAUAGCGCGACCAGGAGGAGGGCGGUGCUUUAUCUCCCUCCACCCUCCUCAUCUCCAUCUCUGCUUUCCAGACCCGCUUUACCACCGUGUCCCAUUCACUUGACGGCGACAAAACCGAGCACCACGUCUCUGAACUUAAAGUGGAACCCCCGGUGAUGACUUGGAGCUCGGAUACUUGAGAAACUAUAAGUGAUGCGCACCUUUGGGCAGGUAUGAGAACCUGUGGCGCGCAUGGAUGCGUGGAUGGAUGAAGGACCAGCAGAUGUUUAAGUGGAUCCCAGCGUGGAUGUAGUAGCUCCAUAGUUCCUCCAUUUCUACACUACUACCACCAGCAGGCCUGGCACAGUUCAGCUCCACAUGGAUGGAUCCCGCUGUGGGAGUCAUGGCACACAAAGCCCAGGGUGCUGGUGAGCAUGCCUGCCUGUCCUGGUCCACUCCUCUCCGGGAGCCUCUCCACAGCCCUCUCCCUCUAACAGACAUCCCCUGGUCGCUUACAGCCAUGAGGACGACUGCGCGGUGAUUCGGUGCCUCUGACGGAGACCUCUUUUAUUAUUGUUGGAUCUUGCUUUUUAUUGUGCUACACACACACACACACGCGCACGCGGGAUUUAUCUUCACGCGGUGGUGUUUCUUUGUGUCAAAGGGCUUAACGCAGAGAGAGCAGGGGGCUUUUUGCUUCAGCUGCUCCCCUCGUCUCUUUGUGGCCGGGCCGUGAUGGCAGCCGGCCGGCCGGAGGACCAGGACCACCACCACCACCCCCCGCCGGAGAACGGAUUCACCCCGCUGGAGCACCCGGUGCCCCGGCUGCUGCCGCGCAUCGACGGCUCGGUGCUGCCGUCUCUGGGGGGAUUUGGGAGGCAUCAGAAGCAGCUCGUGGUCCUGACCUGGAUACCGGCAUUGUUCAUCGGCUUUAGCCAGUUUUCGGAUUAUUUCCUCCUGGCGCAACCAAAUGGCACGUGUGUGCAACCCCUCAACAACGAGAGCAACUGGACCACGGCUCCACCGGCGCUGCAACUCAGAGGCAACGCCACCGAGGAGGAGGGCUACGGGGACGGAGACGGUGCCGGUACCGGUCUGCUGUGCUCGUGCAAGGAGUGGAAGCUGGAGCUGCACACGGGACUGAGUCAGAAUGUAGUUACCAAGUGGAACCUGGUGUGUGACUCAGCCUGGAAGGUGCACAUUGCCAAGUUCUCUUUGCUGGUGGGCUCCAUAUUUGGCUACCUAGUGAUGGGUGUCAUGGCUGACUGGUUUGGUCGACACCCGGUGUUGAUUAUCUCGGUGCUUUUCAUGCUGGUGUUUGGUCUGAGUGUUGCCUUCUCUGUAAACGUCACCAUGUUCAGCACCUUGCGCUUCUUUGAGGGUUUCUGCUUGGCGGGCCUCGCUCUCUCCCUCUACGUGCUCAGGAUUGAGCUUUGUUUGCCAGCCUGGCGUUUCGCCAUGACCAUGGUGGCCAGUUUUCUGAUGGUGGGCGGGCAGCUCCUGAUGCCGGGGGUGGCCGCUCUGUGCCGCAAUUGGCCGGACCGGGAUGACUGGCAGGUGCUGCAGAUUGUUAUAAUCAGCCCUUUCGUUCUGAUGCUGCCCUACGUCUGGCUUUUUCCAGAGUCGUUGCGCUGGUUGCUGGCCACCCAGCACUACAGGCGGUCCAAAACCAUGAUGCUGCGUAUCGCCAGGAAGAACCAGGUUAACCUGACAACCGAGCCGAGUGGAGUUCUUACAGAGUUGGAGCAGGAGCUGCACAAGAAACCCCAGAGGACCUGCAUUGUCAAGAUGAUGAGCACCAGGAACCUGUGGAAAAACAUUGUGGUGCUGUGUGUCAACUCACUGACAGGUUAUGGGAUCCACCACUGCUUCGCCCGCAGUAUGAUGGACCCAGAGGCCCAGCCCACCGCUUUGUGCCACGCGGACUAUUACACUAUGGCUGGCAUCGCUGUGGCAACCUGUCUGGCGGUUUGCCCCGCAGUGGGGUUGAUGGGUCGGCGUGGAGGGCUGCUCACCUUCAUGAUCAUUACAGCCCUGGCAUCGCUACUACAGCUGGGUUUACUCAACUUGAUUGGGAAGUACAGCCUUCGCCAUGACACAGUUCUGCGAGACUCUCUGAACAGGAAAUUCUCGGUGGCCUUCUCCAUCAUCGGCAUGUUCUCCUCUCACGCAGUCAGCACACUCAGCAUAUUCUUUUGUGCUGAAAUCACCCCUACUGUCAUCAGGGGUGGAGGGCUGGGCCUGGUCCUGGCCAGCGCCGGCUUCGGCAUGCUCACCGCACCCAUCAUGGAGCUCCACAACCAGAAGGGCUACUUCCUGCAUCACGUGAUCUUCGCCUGCUGCACCCUGCUGUGCAUCAUCUGCCUGCUGCUGCUGCCCGAGCCGCGGGGCCAGCCCCUGCCGGAGAGCCUGGCUGACGGAGAGACCUUCACCCGUCAGACGCUGCUCAAUCCGGGAGAGCAGCACCUCCUUCUCGCCAAGACCGACGGGGACUACUCCCGCGUCCACGACACGCCGUUACACCUCACAACCACUGGGGGCGCUACAGUGGCAGCAGCGACCGCUCUGGCAGCGGUGCCUGCCUCGUACGCCCUGGCCACCGGUGGGGAGGUGAUUGGAAAUCGCGCCAUAGCCAAUGGGGUGUGAGCAUCCUAGCAAUAGUCUAUACUACUGUGCUAAUUAUUGCUCAAGCAUUAACCUGAACCGAAUGGUCAUUGAACUUGUGAAAAAAAAAAAACUUUUAAGGGAAAAAAAGAAUCUUUUGAAUGAACCGGAUGAACUCUCGUAACAGUGAGUUUUGAGAUGGUGACGAACAUUAAUUUGUGUAGUUGUAGUGAUUAUGAUUCAUUCAGGAGUUGCCAAAAAAUAUUGUACUGGAAUAAGUUUAUCUGAAGUCAGUGUGUGUUAAAUAAUAUGAAAGUCUUCAGUGGUGUUGGUGAUUUUCUUGCACUGUCGUCCGCUCUGUUGAGAAUGAUUUACAGGUUAAAGACGCAGGCAAGUGAGGAGAAGUAGAGCAGACUAGCUUUCAAUAACGUGUGCUCUGUGAGUUUUGUAGUUUUGACUCGUUGAGAGAGGAUUUCACUGCAUCUUAUAAUUCUUUAUAAGUUAUUUUGCACUAAAUGUCAGAGACACAAUCAAGUGUUUGUGAUUUUCUGCCAACACAUUGGAGAUCCAGGGAUUGGCUAAACCACUACCAUGAUUUUGCAUGAAAGGGAACACAUAGUUUUUUCCUAUUAUUUGUGGUCCCUCUACUAGAAGUCCAAUGUGGCACUUUAUCCUCAGAGAUGAGGUCAGUGUAGACACUGAUUUUUAAAGGAAGCAUUACUGCUACCGGUGUGGGUGUAUGAUGGUUGUCUGAUGUGACGAACAGCCGGAGACCUUGGCAGACUGUAUGUGUAGCCUGAAGAGACUGUGAUGGGCGAUGCUGAACAAAUCUGAGAGUUGAACGGACAUUAGAGUGACCAGUCAGUGUACUACUGUAUGUCUUAUGAUGCGUCUCAGCAUUUAAAUGGCUUUAUCAUGAUGGCUCUGUUCUCUUUUUAACAAAACGGAGAAUGUAAUUCAAGAAAAGCAGUAUUUAUUUUGUCACGCUCCCAAAGGCAAAUUUAAUCGCUUGAAAUACCUCCUUAAUUAGCAAAUAUUUCCACUCCGACUCUCACUCCUUUUUCUCUGUACUGUGGUAAUGUUGUAAUCCUGCUCCUGGGAUGUGUAACUCUAGCCAGAAAGCACAAUAUUUUACAGUUUUUUGAAAUAAACGUUUGUGAAGAUUAGGAUAGAGCAGCAUCGUCUGCGCAGACAUGGCCUAGUUGUGAUUAGUGUACAUUUUACACUUUACUACGUAAAUAUCCCUUAGGACUGCAUAAAAAUGUAAGGUAUGUGUACAUGUACCAUUCAUUCAUAACGUAUGGCCCAUCAAUUUUACUUUUCUAGGAUAUAAGCACAUUGAAUAGAUAAACCAUCCCAUACACCAUUUCAUCCAUAUAUACCUGAAUCGACAGAUCCAAACAUCCUCCAUUUUUUAAAUCAUAUUAACACAGCACGUAUUUUGAACACCCUGUACGGUUUACUAGUUUGUAUGUUUUCAACAGUUAAACACGGGAAAAAAAGAACCACUAAUGCUGUUUUCUAAGUGUUAUUUUUUUAAUAUGAUGCAUUUGUACAAAAAGCCAUAGGCCUACAUGUUUUGAUAAUAAACCACUUAAUUUAUUAUGUCAAUAAAAGAACACUUGAUGUGA